GGAGAGCGAGGCGCGGUGAGUACGGGUCCGACGGGCCCGCGCAGAGCAGAGGGGUUGUUGUCCUCCCUCGCAGAGGCAGCCAUGGAGGCGGCGGUCUUAAAGAUGCUCCCCCUGGACCCGGGAGAUGAGGGCACCCAGCGGUGCCGGCUGGGGCCUGGCGCGCUGUCCUUCCUGGGAGCCAGGAUCGGCGCCCCGCUGAGGAUCUCCGUGCCCGGCGGCUGCUGUGUGUGCACGGCGUGGCCCCGGCACGACCUGGCGGACGGGUACCUGCAGGCCGACCUCACCUGCAGCACCGCGGGGCUGGCGGCGCGGGACCUGCGCGGCCUCUCGGUCAGCCUGGGCCGGCUGCAGCUGCUGCCGUACGGACAAUUGCGAACAGCCACUGUGAAAGUGGUCCUCAAGAGCGCCGCGCUGAAAAAGUCGACUCCCAGAGCGCUGUUGCAGGAAACCAUCACGGAACUACUAAGAAAUGUGUAUGUUUCGCCUCGUUAUGUUAUCACUGUUGCCCCAAGUCCCGAAAAUCCCGUGGCGUAUAUUGAAAUACUAUCUGCAUCUCCUUUGAAUGAGGGAGCUGGAUUGAUAAUUCCCCAAACAAGCAUAAAAAUUAAGGAGGUGGUCCCUUUAGAAUGGUACAGACAUGUAUUGGAAGACACUGCAAAAACUUCAAUUGCAGCACUGGAUGAUGUGGGGAAGUCUCUGAAAGAAAUGAUCGAUCUUCCUUUCCGCUUUCCGAAAACUUUCAAGAAGCUGGGCCUUUCUGUCCCUAAUGGAGUGCUAUUAAUUGGGCCCCCAGGUGUAGGGAAAACUCUAAUGGUAAAGGCAGUAGCAAAAGAGCUGGGUGCGUAUCUGUUUAUCAUCAGUGGCCCAGCCCUCCAUGGUUCAAGACCAGGAGAGGGUGAAGAGAAUUUGCGAAGAGUCUUUGAAAAGGGCAGAGAGAUGUCAAACGAGGGCCCGACCAUUCUCUUCUUUGAUGAGAUUGAUUCUUUAUGCCCAAAGCGAGGAAGUUCAAACAAUGCUCCUGAAGAUCGUAUUGUUGCUCAGUUGCUGACACUGCUGGAUGGUGUAGGGAGUGAGGGGAAGAUGGUCAUUGUGGCAGCAACCAACAGGCCAGAUGCCUUAGACCCUGCACUGAGAAGACCUGGCAGAUUUGACAGAGAGGUUAUUAUUGGGACCCCAACAGUUACACGGAGAAGAUCCAUCCUGCAGUUACUUACAUCUCAUAUGCCCAUUUCUGCAGAGGUUGAUUUGGCUAAGCUGGCAGAAAUGACAACUGGGUAUGUUGGAGCUGACCUUACAGCACUCUGCAGAGAAGCUGCUAUGCAGGCUAUGUCCCACAGCUCUUUGGAUUCAACUGAAACUGAAACCAUGAUUAACAUGGCAGAUUUCCAAGAAGCUUUUAAAAAAAUUCAACCAUCAUCUUUUCGCAGUGCAGUUGGACUAACAGAGUGUAAACCUGUGACUUGGGAGCAAAUUGGUGGUCUUGAAGAUGUAAAAUUAAAGUUAAAACAGUGUAUUGAGUGGCCUGUGAAAUUUCCUGAGGCAUUUGCCAGGAUGGGCCUGUCUCAUCCCAAGGGUAUUCUUCUCUAUGGGCCAUCUGGGUGUGCCAAAACCACGCUGGUGAAGGCUGUGGCCACAAGCUGUCACUGUUCCUUUCUCUCUGUCAGUGGUGCUGACCUGUUCUCGCCUUACGUUGGAGAUUCAGAGAAAAUUCUGUCUCAGGUUUUUCGCCAAGCAAGAGCAAAUACUCCAGCAAUAAUAUUUCUAGAUGAGAUUGAUUCUGUCUUGGGAUCUCGGGCACACUGCAGAACUGGCCAUGGUGUCUCCGAGAGGAUUCUCUCUGUUCUUCUCAAUGAACUGGAUGGAGUUGGGCUGAAAGUUACAGAAAGAAGAGGAGGCAAGCUACAGCUUGAGGCUCAGUGCCAAGAACAAAGUGACAAGGAAAGAAAGCUAGAGUUUCAGGAAACUUUGAACAAAGAUUUCAUUGUAGUUGCUGCAACAAAUAGACCAGAUAUGUUGGAUGAUGCCUUACUCCGUCCUGGAAGGCUGGACAAGAUGAUCUAUAUUCCACCUCCAGAUCUGAAGGGAAGACUCUCCAUUCUGAAAAUCUGCACCAAAAAAAUUCCAUUAGAUACUGAUGUGUCAUUACAAGAUGUGGCAGUCCUAACAGACCUCUUCUCUGGAGCUGAUAUUGAAAAUCUGUGCAAGGAGGCUGCUUUGUUGGCAUUGCAAGAGAAUGGACUUGAAGCAACUGCUGUAAAACAGGAACAUUUUGUGAAAUCGUUGAAGACUGUGAAACCAUCUUUAAGCAUAAAAGACUUGGAAUUUUAUGAAAAAUUCUCUAAUCAAGAAUUAGCCUCUCGAAUCUAGAAAGGAGUGACAUAAGUAUUUUUAAAUAUAUUACAAAGAUUUUGAAAA